GAUGAGAUAAAUCAAGAGAGUGUGUGAGUUAAAGACACCAAAAAUAGAGAGAAAAAAAGAGUGGUUUUGAGAGAGAAAAAGAGAGUGGUUCUUGAUUUGUUCUUGUUUUGGAUCUUGAAGUCAAAUUAAUCUCCCCCUUUUCUGUUAAUCCCCGCUUCUCUGAAUCCCUUUCUGUUAAUCAUCUGUCUUUCAAAAAUUAAUUUGUUUUUGAGAAGAUUUGUUUUUCCAAAGAAAUUUUUAAAAAGCAAAGGAUUUUCCAGAAAGCCAGGUAUUUUCAGAAUCAGAUCCAGGAUUUUUCAUUAUUUUCAUUUACUUUUCUUUUCUGUAGAUUUUUUAACAGUUAAAUCGAUCAGCUUGAAGGGUUAUUUUUUGGAUUCCCUCAAGACCAGAUCUUGAAUCAACAGAGGUUGUCUAUUUCAAUACCUCUUUGAUCUUUUUUUUUAUUUAAAAGAUUUAGUCUUUUGAAUCAAAAACCUGUUCUUUUAACCAGGGUUUGAUUUCAUUUUCAGUUUUUCUUGAUAAUUUAGUCUGACAGAUUAUUUGUAGCUCUGUGAAGGUAAAAAAAUGGCAGCUGCAAUGGAUUUUUACAGUAGUAGUGAAUUAAUGGAAGCACUUGAACCUUUUAUGAAAAGUGCUCCUUCCUUACCUCCUCUUCCUUCUACUUCUUAUUCUAACAGCAACAAUUACCUUUCUUUUUCUCCUUUUUCUAAUUUUCAGGAUCAAGAUCAGACCUUUUUGUACUCCAAUGGCUGCUCACCCUCACCUACCCAACAAUUUUCAAAUGGGUAUUUGAUGCAAGACCAAAUUAUUAGCAACUCUAGUCUUGAGCAGCCGUUUGUUAGUUCAAUGUUAGGCCUAAACAAUCUAACCCCAACUCAGAUCCAUCAGAUUCAAACCCAAUUUCUUCCCCAAAACACCAACCAAAUCUACUCUCCUUCCCCUAGUUAUCGCACCCAAAGUAGCCUAAAUUUUCUUAGUCCAAAACCCAUUCCGAUGAAGCAAGUGGGAUUACCUCCUAAACCCACAAAACUCUACAGAGGAGUUCGUCAGCGUCAUUGGGGCAAAUGGGUGGCUGAGAUCAGACUACCAAAGAACCGAACCAGGCUCUGGCUUGGAACAUUCGACACUGCUGAAGAAGCUGCCUUGGCAUACGAUAAGGCGGCUUUUAAACUUCGCGGAGACUUUGCUCGGCUCAACUUUCCUAAUCUUCGCCAUCAGGGUUCGCUUAUUGAAGGCAAAUUUGGCGAGUAUAAGCCUCUUCAUUCCUCUGUUGAUGCGAAACUGCAAGCUAUUUGUCAAAGCUUAGCAGAAAACUCGCAGAAACAGAGCGGAAAGGGCGAAAAGAACUCGAAUAAGAAAGCAAAAAAAUCAUCUCCGGUGGUGAUUAAGAAAGAUGAGCCAGAAGUACAGCUUGAGGUUGUUGUUGGUGUUGAAGACAAGUGUUGCAAGGUUGAGACACCGUCUCCUUUGUUAACCGAGAGUGAAGGGUCGGGUUCUGGUUCGGGUGGAUCGUCUUCGCCCAUGUCUGAUCUUACGUUUCCGGAUUAUGAAGAGGCUCCAUUCGAUGUUGAUUCUGGCAACUUUUUGCUGCAGAAAUGCCCAUCUUAUGAGAUUGAUUGGGAUACACUUUUAUCAUCUUAAGAUCUGUAGGCUUUAUCGGUAUUAGUAUUAUGUUUGUUUUCUUUUGUUAAAUAGCAUUUUUAGGUUUAGUUGGUUGCUGCAAUGAAGUUUUUGGCAGUUGCACAACCAAAAGUAUUUGCAUUAUUUUUCUUUAGCACCAAGUUAGGGUAAAUAUAUUGUAUCAGAUCAUCCUUGUAAAUCUGUAGAACCAUGAGUUGGCUGGUUUUUUGGUCUUGCUCAACCAUGGGGAAUUUGUAAUUUGUACUCUUUUAUUUUAUUAGUAACAAGUAUUAGUAUUAUAUUAAA